UCGUAAAUUAUUUUUCAUUACAUUCAGGUGCAUUUCCACCAUUAUUGGUAAUUUACACGGAAUUUUUAGAUAGGCUAGAGUGAUCAUUUUAUUUUUCAACUGUCAGUAAUUUUCUUUUCUUUUAUAAACAUUCAUACCCAGGCUUUAAUGACAAAGGUUCUACAGCUUGACAGUAAAAUUGAAUUCAAUUUUUUAUAGUAGUAGAUGGAGCCGUUACCUAUAAUGCACAAGCUGCAGAGAGUAAGUGCGUUAUAGUGUGUAUUUUCUUAAGAAAGUGACAGCAAGAUUGUGUUUUUGGUAGGUUAAAAGGAUGUGCCUUUUAUCAUCGAAUGUAGUAAUUAUUUUUCAUACCAUCCCAGCAUACAGAUUUUUUUAAUAUUGUAAAAUAGGUAAUGAUAAAAGAGUUAAUUGCGAACCGAUGUUGGUAUGCAAACGUAUUAAGCUUACUUCGACCACUUGAAAUCAUUUACUUUCAACCUGUCUAUGUAAUGAAGAAGUGUCAGAUAUAUUGCGAAAAAUAUAAUCAAGUGGUUCCAUCUUACUAGUCAAGACUCAAGAGUCGAACAAUUUUGACAAGUUUUGGUUACGUAAAAUCGGCAUAUUUCGAUCUACGAAAUAUCUUGGUACCAAUGGUAUAAAACUGAUUGAUCCAGAUGAGCAAAGUUGUUAUCGAAAUAAAUUUGAAGUGUUCAGCGAUAUCAAUACGAGUUUGCUGUGAUUUAACCCUACAUUUUUAUCGAUUGCUUGAAAUUGAGAAAAACUUUUUUUAUUGAUCAAACACUAAUUAUAAUUUAAUUAUGUAUUCUACCAUGAGAAGUAGUUCAUCACUGGUAUCCAAAGUUCAACAUUUUUCAAUGACGUUUCGUCAACUUCAUCAAUGUUGUAAAAUAUUGGUCGUCGGUGGUGGGACCGCCGGAUGUGCCAUGGCAGCAAAACUUUCUCAAAAAUUUGAUAAAACACCUAAUCAUGUUAUAGUAAUUGAACCAAGUGAGGUUCAUUAUUAUCAGCCCCUAUUUACAUUGAUAGGAGGAGGUAUCAAAGACUUGGAAUCUUCAAGAAAAUCUAUGAAAUCUGUUUUACCUCAAAAAGCUCAAUGGAUCAAAGAUAAAGUUGUUUGUUUUCAACCAUCUGAAAAUCAAGUAAAAACAUCAAAUGGAGAUACCAUUCAAUAUGAAUACAUGAUUGUAGCUAUGGGCAUGGACUUGUAUUGGGACAAGCUGCCAGGGCUUCAAGAAGCUUUGAAAGAUCCAAAAUCUCAAGUAUGCUCAAUAUAUGGUGCUCAUACAGUUUCAAAAGUAUUUGAUAAAAUCAAAAAUGUAAAAAGUGGAAAUGCUUUAUUCACGUUUCCAAAUACACCUGUAAAAUGUCCAGGAGCUCCUCAAAAAAUUGUUUAUUUAGCAGAAGAAUUUUGGAGCAAAAAUGGAAAAAGAAAAGAUGUAUGCAUAGUUUAUAAUACAAGUUUACCUGUUAUUUUUGGAGUAAAAAAGUAUGCAGAUGCUCUUUGGGAUGUUUGUAAAAGAAGAAGUAUAAAUGUAAAUUUAAGAUCAAAUUUAAUUGAAAUCAGACCUGAUAGAAAAGAAGCAGUCUUUGAAGAUUUAGAUAAUUCAGAUAAAAAAUCCACAUAUGAGUAUUCUUUAUUGCACGUUACACCUCCUAUGGGGACUCCAGUAGCUUUAAAACAAAACUGUGAAUUGACAAAUGCCAGUGGCUUUCUUGAAGUGAAUCCUAAAACUCUUCAACACAUUCGAUAUAACAAUAUUUAUGGAUUAGGUGAUUGUACAACAACACCAAAUUCAAAAACAAUGGCUGCUAUAGCUUCACAGAGUAAAGUCUUGUAUAAUAAUUUAAUGCAGAGAAUAGCAGGAGAGGAAAUGACAUGGUCUUACAAUGGUUAUGCCUCAUGUCCUUUGGUUACUGGGCCUGGGAAAUGCAUUCUUGCUGAAUUUGAUUACAAUUUAACUCCAACAGAAACUUUUCCAUUUGAUCAAGGCAAAGAAUUGUAUUCAAUGUACUUAUUAAAAAAAGAUGUUUUCCCAUUUAUAUAUUGGAAUUUAAUGGUGAAGGGUAAUUGGAAUGGUCCUGAGGCUUAUAGAAAAUUAUUUAGUUUACUGAAGUCUAAAGAUAAUGUGAAUAGUAUUAUAAAUAAAUAAUAUUUACAGAGUGUGUGAAGUUGAUGGCAAUCAAGUUAUUAUUUUCUUAA